AUGGCGACCGCGCCUCGGCCAGGCUUCGCGGCGGCGCCACGGGUCAUCACGAUGACGCUUCUGGCCGUGUCAGCCUUAUUGUUCCGAUUAUCGGUGCCGGCGGCGGCAGCGGAGCUCGUCGAGCUGACCCUCCUCGCAAACGCUCAGGAGAAGGGCGCGGUCUGCUUGGAUGGCAGCCCGCCGGCUUACCAACUCCGGAGAGGCUUUGGCUCCGGAACACGAAGCUGGCUCCUCAAUCUUGAGGGAGGAGCAUGGUGCAACACCACCGAAGAUUGCUCCAACCGCAGACUGACUGACCUUGGUUCGUCCAAGUUCAUGAAACCAAUAGAGUUUGAAGGAAUGCUCAGCAACAAUCGCUCGGAAAAUCCCUAUUUCUACAACUGGAAUAUAGUUGACAUAAGGUACUGUGACGGGGGAUCAUUUGCCGGGGAUGCGGAGGGCCAAGAUCGGAAUGGAACCAAACUUUUCUACAGAGGAUUGCGUAUCUGGGAAGCAGUCGUCGACCAACUCAUGGGAAAAGGAAUGGAUAAUGCUAAACAGGCCUUGCUUGCAGGUUGUUCUGCUGGUGGUCUUGCUGCACUGCUGCACUGCGACAAAUUUCGUGCACGUUUCCCUCCGGAGGUUCCAGUAAAGUGCCUUUCAGAUGCUGGAUUCUUUCUUGAUGUAAAGGAUUCAUCAGGCGAAAGGUUCAUGCGCUCUAUCUUCAGGGGAGUUGUUCACCUUCAGAAUGUGAGAAAAGUUUUGCCCAAGGACUGUCUUGCAAACAAGGAUCCGACAGAGUGUUUUUUUCCACCUGAGCUUACCAAGAGCAUUAGCACCCCAACAUUUAUUCGGAACUCUGGUUAUGAUUCGUAUCAGGUAGGAAAUGUGGUGGCGCCAGGCGGAUCUGAUCUGGGACAAUCAUGGGCAAGGUGCAAAGCUGAUAUUGGAAACUGUACUUCCACUCAAAUUGAGGCACUUAAUGGAUUCCGGAAGAAAAUUAUUGAGGAUUUGAAGAUUGCUCAACACAAGAGUGGUUGGGGACUCUUCAUCGACUCAUGCUUCACCCACUGCCAAACGCCAUUCAGAAUCUCAUGGCAUUCGCCGAUCUCCCUAAGACUCGGUAACAAGACGAUCGCUGAAGCUGUUGCGGAUUGGUAUGUCGGUAAAGACCAUGGAGUGAAGGAGAUUGACUGCGCGUAUCCGUGCGUCAACCCCACAUGUAGCAGUCAGCUUGACCUGUAAUAAGCGAAGUUCUGUUGUCCGCUAUUGCAAAUCAGAAACGAACCAAACAUAGAUGCUUUAGAUAUCACAAUAGCCACCUCUCAUAUGCAUCUGCAUUGCGAAAUGCAGCGUUAGAGGUAAUACUAAUAAAAAAUCGUUUGCUGGACGUUACCCAAAGCACACUGGUUUGUGAGUGUUGGACAUAGUACUCUAUAGGCAAAUAAUAAUAAAUAUUUAUUAUUA